AGGCAAACUAACGGAGACGCAACAGGUCGGGGGCUCGGUGGCGAAGGCGAGCGGCGGCCCCUCGCUGCGCCUCUUGCGCUGUCCCUUGGACCCUGGGCGGCCGUUCUCGAGGACCCCUUCCGAGGUGUCCGUCCUUUGAGGGGCCAGGAGGGCCAGCCGGGAGGGUUUCAUUCUGGUUUUUACCUUUUUGCCACCAGUCCUCGGACUGAGGGUGCUUUUCAAGAAAGCGGAGAGGAUGGUCCACGUCUGCUGGUGUCGGCGCUGAGGAAAGCGGAGCUCCAUCUGCGCGCCCGAUCUCCGCCAACUAGUUGUGCAGCCGCCUAGACUGAACUUUGGAGGAAUCGUCCUUCUUUCCUUUCAAGAUUCUUGGAAGUGGUAGAAAGUGGGAGGCGAAGCCGAGGCAGCUGAUCCCUCUACGAUGCUGGUGAAAAAGCAUGCAGGGAAAGGUGGGGGUCGGGAGCCAGGCUCCGAGGACCCGAGCCCCGCCAGGCAGCGUUGUGCCUGGACGGUGCCCCCCUGCACCGCCCUGUCGGCCCUUCUGUCGGUGGUGGCCGUGAUGUCUUGUCUGUACCUGGGGGUGAAAACCAACCACCUCCAGGCGAGGAUCGCUGCUCUCGAAUCCUCAAAAGGGGACCCUUCCAUCCAUCUGCUUCCCGAUGGCCUGGAUCAGCUCAAAGCAAUGGUGCAAGAGAAAGUGGAGCAACUUCUGGCUCAGAAAUCCUAUGAACAUAUGGCUAAAAUAAGAAUUGCAAGAGAAGCACCUUCAGAGUGCAACUGCCCAGCAGGCCCUCCAGGGAAACGAGGUAAGAGGGGCCGAAGAGGAGAAUCUGGUCCUCCCGGUCAACCUGGUCCUCAGGGCCCUCCAGGUCCAAAAGGUGAUAAGGGAGAACAAGGUGAUCAGGGACCUCGGAUGGUGUUUCCUAAAAUCAAUCAUGGGUUUCUCUCUGCUGAUCAGCAGCUCAUUAAACGCCGCCUCAUUAAGGGUGACCAAGGACAGGCUGGGCCUCCAGGACCUCCAGGCCCUCCUGGCCCAAGAGGGCCUCCAGGGGACACAGGGAAAGAUGGCCCCCGUGGAAUGCCAGGAGUGCCCGGUGAACCAGGGAAACCAGGAGAGCAAGGCUUGAUGGGUCCUCUGGGGCCUCCAGGACAAAAGGGUUCUGUGGGAGAACCUGGAAUUCCAGGGGUGAAUGGUCAAAAGGGUGAUCCCGGGGUGCCUGGAGCAGUAGGACAAAAUGGAAUACCAGGGCCAAAGGGAGAACCUGGAGAUCAAGGCGAAAAGGGAGAAGCUGGAGAGCAUGGCCCCAAAGGUGACACAGGCGAAAAGGGUGACCCUGGGUCAUCAGCUGCAGGAAUUAAGGGAGAACCUGGAGAAUCUGGUCGCCCAGGACAAAAGGGUGAACCAGGGCUUCCUGGGCUUCCUGGACUUCCGGGGAUAAAGGGAGAACCAGGUUUCAUUGGUCCUCAAGGAGAACCAGGCUUACCAGGGUUACCAGGAACAAAGGGUGAACGUGGGGAGACAGGGCCUCCUGGAAGAGGUGAGCGAGGGGAGCCUGGAGCCCCUGGACCAAAGGGCAAACAAGGUGAAUCAGGAGCUAGAGGCCCAAAGGGGUCAAAGGGUGAUCGUGGAGAGAAAGGGGACUCUGGAGCCCUGGGACCAAGGGGUCCACCUGGUCAAAAGGGAGAUCAGGGAGCCACCGAGAUCAUAGACUACAAUGGCAACCUCCAUGAAGCCUUGCAGAGGAUUACCACCUUAACUGUCACGGGCCCCCCUGGACCACCUGGACCUCAAGGACUACAAGGGCCAAAGGGAGAGCCAGGAUCUCCAGGAAUCCCAGGAGUUGAUGGAGAGCAGGGACUUAAAGGCUCAAAGGGAGACAUGGGGGACCCAGGUAUGCCAGGUGAAAAAGGAGGAAUCGGACUUCCUGGAUUACCGGGUGCCAAUGGAAUGAAAGGAGAAAAAGGAGACUCCGGAUUGCCAGGUCCUCAGGGUCCUUCUAUCAUAGGUCCACCAGGCCCCCCAGGCCCCCAUGGCCCACCAGGCCCCAUGGGACCCCAUGGACUUCCUGGACCAAAGGGUGAACCAGGGUUAAAUGGUGUUAAAGGAUUGAAGGGUGAACCAGGUCAAAAGGGUGACAGAGGACCCCUUGGUCUUCCAGGAGCAUCUGGCUUAGACGGAAAGCCAGGAUCCCGGGGUACAGAUGGCCCUAUGGGACCCCAUGGCCCCGCAGGUCCCAAAGGAGAAAGAGGUGAAAAAGGAGCUAUGGGAGAACCCGGACCCAGAGGACCCUAUGGUCUGCCUGGCUUCCCUGGUCCACGAGGCGAGAAGGGUGAUGUGGGAGAAAAGGGAGAAAAGGGGGAAAAGGGAAAGAAAGGCAAAAAGGGGCCUAAAGGGGAGAAAGGAGAACAGGGUGCUCCUGGAUUAGAUGCACCUUGCCCGUUGGGAUUCCGUGGCGUUAAGGGGGAAAAAGGGGAGCCAGGCCAGCCUGGCCUGGAUGGGCUGGAUGCCCCUUGCCAAUUGGGGCCAGAUGGAUUACCCAUGCCUGGCUGUUGGCAAAAGUGAUGAAUCUAACCUUCCGAGCAUGAAGUUGUAUAUAUAAUGGUCCACUUUUUAUAUUUAUAGCUGAAAAUCGAAUUGCAAAUUUUACAAGUCUGAGAUAUGUUUACAUAGAGCUGCUUCUUCCUGUUUGCAGUAGUACACAUGUCCAUCCUUUCUCCACUUACAUCUGAAACUGGGCAGUAUGUGACACCAGUGAGAAGCCUGCAAAAAAAUAUAAAUCAGUAUCUCUUUAUCUUAUGUGAAGAUAUGUAUUUAAACGGACACAUCAGUGAUACAGAAUGAUAGUUUUUGCUCUUUUCUGACUUCGGGCUUGUUAAUUGCAUGGACAAAAAGCGCCAUGAAAUAGUUUACAUGAAAUUGUGACCAAAUAUGGACUCAAAACUAUGAAAAUGUACUAUACUAACUAACUGAUUUUAGAGCCUACCAUCACAUCCCUACUCACCUUCACUGUUAGCAUUGCUUCAUGCCCACACCGUGCACUGAAACUAACAAAAAAAGCAUGACCGUGUGCCAAGCCUGCUUGUCGUUCAGAUGCUAGCAUGCCACUUGAUGAGUCCUUUGAUCACAUCUGAGCUUUUAUUUCU